AUGGCCGAUACGGCCGGAUGGGAUGUGAAAGCUUCUGUGGCAUCCAAUCCAUUGCUGAUACGCCGGUCGCUCUCAACUGUCGAUGCCCCGUGGCUGCAGGCGACGAUUCAGCCAUAUCAUUGUAUCGCGAAGGUCUUCUUGCGCAUGCGUCUUCCACUUGAUAUUUCCUGUCGUUCCUGUGGUUUAUCGGAAGGCCGCCAGGUUCUACAGGACUAA